AUCAGCGCUCGUUGCGGCGAUCAGACAUUUAAUGAAUGCCAACGAUGAUGCCAACUAAAUGUCCGUCUGGACGUUAAAACAACCCAGCUACACCAGCAACUUCACAGAAUACAAGCGAAAAGGUAUCUGGUUAUGGCUGUUUGGUCUGUGUAGUGGGAUUAUCGCGUAUUCACGGUGCCUUUGCUAGGCACGCAUUUAGGCUGAUCACAAUGCGACUUGAUACGUUUCACGAAGUCGUGGACAUCCCGGCAUAUGCCAUCUACAUCCUAUAUGGUCUAGUAACGACAUUCAACGUAGGCCUGAUAGUUUGCCUUUGGCCGUUUCGGAAUCGCACUAUAAUCAAGUUUGUUUUAAGCCUUCUAUGCGCCGAUCUAGUGCAGGUUCUGAUAUCGAUGGUGGAGGCUGUCGGAAUUAUGGUUAUGCGUGAAUACACCUGGUGGUGCAGCGUAUCCGUUUCGGCUGAAGAAGCCUCGUGGACUUCAGCGGGAUACUCUCUGUUGUUGCUAUGCCUCGAAAUAUUUUUCAGGAGCGCAUGGCGACGCGGUGUAAAACGACGAACCCUACGACUUCGGGCGACUCUCUUAAUAUUGGCCGUAUGGACUAUCAGCUUUCUAGUUCAUGGCAUUAGCAUUCCAUUUUAUCAGAAAAUCUGCGAGCCCUACACAAUGAAUGAACAAUACCAAAUCGUGUACAAAAUAUCGUUAGCAUCUAUGAACUUGUUAGUGCCAAUGGCAUGGAGCUUCCUGCUACUACUCAAGACUGCCCAAAACUUUGAAAGGAAUGUACACGUUAGUGAAGACUGGAUGAGAGAUUUCUCUGUCAUUCUGCUUCUGAACUUUAUCGUCUGUUGGGUUAUCAAGCAGCUACCGACGAUUGUCUUCUGGGAAUAUCGGGAAGUAUUUAUUGUUACCGAUAAUCUCGCGUAUAUCGUCUCAAACGUUCGUUGUUUUAUUGACUCCAUGGUUUUCAUUCUAUUCUUCAGUGAAAUCACAUCCCUCGGCACCUGCGAAUGCACUGGAGAACUAAAUGGAAAGACAUCACCAACGAUCAUCACAGCACACGCUCCCUCGCGCGGCCAACAAGUUCAUCAAAUUGGAGGAAAUCCUCUACCGCGCAACCCUCGAUCUCUCACUCCGCCCCCUUUAGCAAGCGCGAACGAUCUCUGACCAACAGUAACAUCCACAGCGUUCGUUACGACAAGGCUCAUAUCCUCUAAAUGGCUAGUAUUUGAACCAGCUCAAACCGUUUCGAGUAGCUUCAGAAUCAGGAGUUCUCUAUUCUCGACAUUUUGGAUGACGUUAAAGUCAACAUACGCCGAUACAGAGCCACGUAACGUUGAAUAGUUUCAAUUGACAUUACAGGUAGCGCCUUUUCAAGGUCGCAAUACAGGUGUAGACGUUUUGUCGGAACGAAUAUGAACGUGCUUCGGUUAAACGAACCGGUACACUGUAGUCGUUCGAUCCGAGGCAACUGUUUUUCAUACCUGAUUUACGGAUACACAAUUUUCUAUCAUACGUUGUAGGGCGAAACGUCAGACACGAAGAACGCGUCCAGGAGCUAAUGCAAUAAUUACCUUUUGUCGUUUACUAAAGUCGAAGUAGAAUAGAAAAAAUCGUAAGCUGUCUCCCGUCUGGCAUGUCUUCAGUAUAAAAGGAUCAACGAACGAAUCCGAGAUCUUUCCUAAAUAACGAGCGUUUUAUUUCGUUUUUGAAUGCUUUCUCGCGGUUGCCCGCCCGACAUACUAAUGAUGAAAAAAAAAACUGAAAAGAUGUCUUUAAAUAUGAUUACUAGUUAAGGUUGCCUUUGAUCUGGGUUCAAUAUAUAGAUUAGGCAAUACUCGACCCAGCAAAGCAAGCAGUCCGUUACCAGCAAAAGCCCGCCAAGUUAAGGGGCCGAACCUCAGUACACCGCAAGCUGAAAUAAACAAUAUAAUAAUCACCUUUACUUACACAGCUUAUAUAGUUAUAGCCGUCGGUGAGGCUAGAGGCAGCUACGUCUGGUCGCUUUCGGCACUGACAAAAACGCAAGCCCAGAAUUCCUGGGGAUUUUAUUUGUCCUGUCUUUCCUCCACUGAGUUCCUCAUUAGUGUUUUCUAUUAUAGCAACCUCAAAGAGCUGUAGCCCUGCUGCACGAAGCUACCUAAUAAACAAGAUUUAUGAAAGACAACAAAACCAAUUCCAAGUUAACUUUCUCGCACUGUACAUACUUAAUAAUAAAGCGUAAACGAUAUCUUGA